UGCGGGCCUCCUUCCUGCGGCUACUACCUCGGGAGUCCAGUCCGAGUUCAGACGGGAAGGAAGGGAAGGGUCAUGUCCUGGUCACUCCGCACCACGCUCUUUUGGGAUCUGGUCCUAGGCGUAUGGGGUACCACUGCCUUCGUGAUCAACCUGGGCGCUGACCUGUGGAUCGCGAGCCAGUAUGUGCUUAGCGGUCGCUACUUGUGGGCCGCACUGGUGCUGACACUGCUGGGCCUCGCUUCGGUCUCACUACAGGUCUUCAGCUGGAUCUGGCUGCGCGCCGACCCCGCUGGUUUGCACAAAUCGCAGCCCCCAGUCCGCUGCUUGGCGCUGCUGCAUCUCCUGCAACUGGGUCACUUGUACAGGUGCGUGCAAGGGCUGCAGCAGGGGCUGUUUGUGUGGCAGCAGAAGGUGCCUUCCGAGUUUGACUUGGCCUAUGCCGACUUCCUGUCCCUGGACAUCAGCAUGCUGCGGCUCUUUGAGACCUUCCUGGAGAAGACGCCGCAGCUGGCGCUGGUGCUGGCCAUCGUGCUACAGAGUGGCCGGGCCGAGUACUACCAGUGGGUCAGCAUCUGCACGUCCUUCGUGGGUAUCUCGUGGGCACUGCUUGAUUACCACCGGGCCUUGCGUACCUGCCUCCCCUCCAAGCCUCUCCUGGGGCUGGGCUCCUCCGUGAUCUACUUCCUGUGGAACCUGUUGCUGCUGUGGCCCCGAGUCCUGGCUGUGGCCCUGUUCUCAGCCCUCUUCCCCUGCUAUGUGGCUCUGCACUUCUUGGGCCUGUGGCUGGUGCUGCUGUUCUGGGUCUGGCUUCAGGGUACCGACUUUAUGCCAGAUCCCUGCUCUGAGUGGCUGUACCGGGCAACAGUGGCCACCAUCCUUUAUUUCUCCUGGUUCAAUGUGGCUGAGGGUCGCACUCGGGGCCGCGCCACCAUCCACCUGGUGUUUCUCCUGAGUGACAGUGUCCUCAUGGUGGUCACCUGGGUGACUCACGGUGCCUGGCUGCCCAGUGGGGUCCUGCUCCAGAUGUUGCUGCCUGUGGGCAGCGUCAGCUUCCUUUUGGGUCUGGUUCUGCGGCUUGUCUACUACCGCUGGCUGCACCCUAGCUGCCCCUGGGAGCCCAUGCAGGUGGACGGGGCCCGGAGCUUCCACCCCCUCGAGUGGCAUCAGUUGCCUCAGAACCAGCGCAUGAUCUGCUUGGCUCAGAACUUUUUCCCCAAGGCUAAGGAUGAGGCUGUUUUGCCAUGGAAGAGUUGAACGGGGUCUUUUGAGGCAGGGUCAGACCCAGCCAGGGGACAGAAGGACAGAUGGAAUCUGUCGGUAGAAUACAGAAGAUAAGCUAAUUAUGCUGCUGUGGGCCUUGGUUCGCUCAACAAGCAUUUGAUGCCUGAUCUUGCCAGGCACUGAAGACGAGUUGAGUAAGAGGCCUGCCUUCAAGGAUAAGAACAAGAUGAGAAGGGCUGGGUCCGAGAAGGUCAAGGGCCCCAAUUAUGUAUAAAACACUUUGGGAGGAAAGAAGAGGCCUCAUUUUUUCUUCCUCCCAACCAGUAUAGCUGGUGCCUAGAGAGUCCCAGUGUUGAAAUUUUUGAUGGGAUGCUGUUCCACCCCUUGGUUCCUCUAUCCUGGGCUAGAAGGCCCUAAGCCCUCCAGGAUGUGUUCUCCAGAAUUCUUCCUCUCUUGCCCCACCUCAGUAAUUCAAUUCAUUCACCAAAUAUUUACUGAGAGGAACACCAUUAUGUGUCAGGAACAUUAUUCUAUCCUUGGAACCUGGAACAAGAUCAGCUACCACCCUUACCCGCUCCAGCUGCUCACCAGGAGCCAGAGAUGCCCAAAUGGCUGGCGCCUGUCAACCCCUCCAAGGCCUUAGUGCAGCUGGCCCAGCCUCUGUCCCUGCUCUCAAGGGGCCACCUUUCAACCAAGUGCCUUGUGAACCUGUGGUCUGGGCCAUGGCUCAGCUCUUUGAGCAUUUUUAUACUUUAGGCAGUGUACUUUCUACCUCAGAGUUUAGGUGAGAGGAAGAGAAGGUAUUUGCAUACGUGUCUCUGCAAGUGAGAGACACGUGUGUUGUUUUUGUUGAACAGUAUUACUGGGUUAUUAUUAAAACCUCAUGAAAUCCUCCAACCUAGUUGUGUCAAGAAAUCUAUAGAAUUCAAAGCCACCUGGAAAGAAGGGGUCAGGGAUGCUGGUGCUUUUUAACACACAUGGAAUAGUAGAGGCAGAAUGCAUUUCCAGACUUGAAUUUCAUGGACCAGUAAAAUAGCCAACGUGAUCACCAACUUAAUUUUCACAAAAAAAGGCAGUAAAAACUACCGCCAUCUAUUAUUUUCAUCAUCUCUAAAAGAAAGGAUAUAAUGACCUCAGGAAAAGGACCAUUCUUUUAAUUGAAUAUGUUUAAAAACACAAAAGUAUAAUUACUUUUUCUCAACUCAGGGAAAAUAUAGGGUUGAAACCCCAGACAGUGGGUGUAGUGCCCAGUCUAUCCUUGGAUAUAGGUCCUAAGUUUCACUAAAACGAAUAUUUGCUCCAUUUACUUUUCCAUAUUUCUUCCUGUCAUACAUGGAGAAGACCAGACUCAGGAGAUGCCAAAUAUGUCAACAGAAGAUACAAUGUUUUAGGUAAUUCCCUAUUUUGCCCUGAGAAAAUCCAAAAAGAUGUUCCUAAUUUUUUGCUCAUCUAUACUCCAGAUGAAAUUAUCAAAUGAUGGUAAGAUGUAUGCCAUUAAUUCCAAACCAGUGUAUAGUGUACUACCCAAAAAACUGGAGAAGUUUCAUUUGUAUAUAUGUUUACAGGGUCAAGAACUUUAAAAAGAUGAGUGAUAUUACAUGCCAUUACAACUUUUAACAUUCCCAUCAAUAACUUUUUUAAAUGUAAAAAAACUUGUUUUUGAAGAAUAAAAACCUCCUGAAUUGCCUACCCCCAAAAGUA